AUGCCGUCCAACAAGACUUUUAAGAUUAAGCAGAAGUUGGCGAAGAAGGCCAAGCAGAAUCGGCCUAUUCCUCACUGGAUCCGCUUCCGCACGGACAACACCAUCCGCUACAACGCCAAGAGGCGGCAUUGGCGCCGUACCAAGCUGGGCCUGUAA